AUGGUCAUGCAGUAUGCACACCAGGCCGCGGACACGCUCGACAGUGAUAAUGGGCCUGUGGCCUCGCCGUCGCGACGCCGCCCUCCUCCGCAUCUCCACCACAACAACGUCAAUCAUCACGAUAUGAACGCCACACUCCCUUUCAAAAUGCCGAUUUCUCCGACCAGAUACUCUCCUGCCAGCCCUCUUGCCGAUUCCAUGGACCAAAACCCGAGUAUUGCGUUGCUGUCGUCCCCUCCCAAUGAACGGUCUGUCCCUCCUUCGCCUACCUCCGUCGCAUCUUCUCUCCGCCAUAACAUGGCCUUUGCAAGGUCACCGACUCCCAGGUCUUCCUCUUCGCCAAUUGGACACGAAGAUGACAACCCCUCAUGGCCUCUGCCCAUGACGGAUACUCCCCAAGGUAUUCAAACUCUGCCUCGCAUGCGGCCAGCUCGACCUGGCUUAAGAAUAUCCAUGUCCACCACUUCCCUUCGCAGCAGACGUCGUUCCCCUCACCCAGAACACAAUUCCAUAGAAAUGGGGUACAACAACCGCCCACUACCGCGAUUUCCUCCACGGGUCACACCUGAUCUGCAAUACAGCGACCCACUUCGUUCGAGUCAGAAUUCGGGGAAAACAUCUUUCUCCAGUUAUGAUCAGAUGAGUAGCACUGAACGAAGUAGUGUCCUGACCAAGAGCAGCUCUAUGACAGACAUGUCUCCAGAUAACGCAGACGGCCAAUUUGACGGAGACGAUGACAUGACCGUUGAGGAUGCCAUUGGGAUGUAUCUCGACGAUAUAAUUGAUGAGGAACCACCGGCUGUGCAGUCGGCAAUGCGCACCAGUGAUCUCGGCGUAAUUGCUGAAGCUGUUUCCUCGCCUGCGAAACCCCCUUCAAUCGAUCAUGCUUCCCAUGGGCGUGGACCGUCGACUACCGAGUCAAUUCAAGAUGACCAUGCCACAAACCAUAGCAGGCAACCUAGCCAAGACCGGGAAUCAAGCAAUGGCCAUGCUUUGGAUGAACCGGUGUUGGCAACAGAGGCACAAAACAUAGACGAAGAACAAAAGGACAAAGAGCAAGCCGACAUGCACACUACAGAGGCAUCUUCGACCAAAGAUUUGCGACAUCAAAAUCUGUCGAUUGACACAUCGUUGGCCAAAAAGUCUGCUGUUGAAUCCCCCGACCAACCGAUUCCUAGUCCUCGCUAUUCCACGAUAGUACGGGUUUCAGGACAGGUGCCUCCUGCAUUUCUUCCUGGUAGCGAUGGACGAGAUCGGUACGGGUUUCGAAAGGCAAGCCAUCAAGUCUCUAUCGACGACUUUGAAUCUUGGAACAAGCCGUAUGCAUCAUUUGCCGAGAACCGCAGGCUGAAAUGGGUGAAGCUAUUAGAAACAUCUGGACUUCCUUCAGAAGCUCCAGUCACUUUUCCUCCCAAGUCCAAUGCAAUAAAACGAUACGUGCGCAAGGGCAUACCGAGCGAGUAUCGAGGUGCUGCUUGGUUCUAUUAUGCCGGUGGUUAUAACCAUAUGCAUCCUCGUCCUGGUCAUUACAAUGAACUAGUGCGCAAGGCCAUGUCGACACCGAGCAACAACGACAAAGAACACAUUGAACGUGAUUUGUAUCGCACGUUUCCAGAUAAUAUUCACUUCAAACCCGAUAUGCCGCUUGACACGGCAGGAAGCGCAAAUGCCAUCUCAAAACACCAUUCUGUGAUUGUGGAAACGCAGAUGAUUCGGUCACUCCGACGGGUACUUUAUGCGUUUGCACUUCACAAUCCUCGUGUCGGGUACACGCAGUCUUUAAAUUUCAUCACCGGGCUUCUUCUUUUGUUUCUUCCCGAGGAGAAGGCUUUCUGGAUGUUGCAUAUUAUCACGUCCGAGCUGCUUCCGGCGACCCACGAGGUCAGCCUCGAGGGUGCAAAUGUCGACAUGUGGAUUCUCAUGGUCUUGCUGAGGGAUAACUUGCCGCACGUUUACACUAAGAUAGUCAGCACCAAUCCUACAACUUCCAGGGCAAAGGCACCUGCGCUGACGGUGAAUACGCGACUGCCGGAUAUUACUCUUGGGCUGACGAACUGGCUCAUGUCUGCGUUUAUUGGUAGCUUGCCGCUGGAAACAACACUGCGAGUGUGGGACUGCUUUUUCUAUGAAGGAUCCAAGACUUUUUUCCGAGUGGCCUUGGGGAUUUUCAAAGCUGGCGAACGAGAGAUCCUGUCUGUGUCGGAUCCUAUGGAAGUAUUUCAGAUUGUGCAAACGAUCCCGAAGAAGCUGCUCGAUGCGAACGCGCUACUGGAAGAGAGCAUGAGCAGGAAAUACCGUGUGGGCCAGGGGCGUAUUGACGCGUUACGCGAAGAACGGAGAGAGGCAGUGCGGCAGGAAAAGACACGCCUCUCCCUGGUCACCGGUAAGGUGAUGGGCCUAAGUCGACCGUCGACUCGGUCUGGGGUGCGAAGCCCUCUUCCUCGACUGGACGGAUGGCGCUCGCUAAAGAAAAACACGUUCCAUUGA